AUGCUUGUUAUAUUCAUGCUACUCUUUUUCUUCUUUCACAUGACCUAUGCAGUUGAUACCAUUACCCAGUUUCAGUCACUUCCUGAUAACGGAAGCACCUUGGUUUCUAAGGAUGGAACCUUUGAGUUGGGUUUCUUCAAUCCUGGUAGUUCCUCAAACCGCUAUGUUGGAAUAUGGUACAAAAAUAUCCCAGUUAGAACUGUUGUUUGGGUUGCUAACCGUGACAACCCUAUCAAAGACAACUCUAGCCAGUUAAUCAUAAGCAAAGAAGGAAACCUUGUGCUUCUAAGCCAGAAUCAGACUCUUCUUUGGUCAACAAACUCAACAACAGAGGCUUUGAGUCCCAUUGUGCAACUCUUAGACACUGGUAAUUUAGUACUUCGAGAUGAGAAGGACAACAACAAUGAAACAAGUUUUCUGUGGCAGAGCUUUGACCAUCCUUGUGAUACAAUAUUACCAGGAAUGAAGAUUGGUUGGGACCUGAAAACUGGUCUCAAUCGGCGUCUUACUGCUUGGAAAAAUUGGGAUGACCCCUCUUCAGGAGACUUUACUUCAAGUAUGGUGCUUGGUGGCAAUACUGAAAUGGUAGUGUGGAAGGGUUCGGAUGAGUACUACAGAACUGGUCCAAUGAAUGGUCUUAUGUCAAGUGGAAUAUUCGGAUUGAAAGCUAAUCCACUUUACGAUUACAAAUUUGUCAAAAAUGAAGAUGAAGUGUAUUACAUAUUCACACUCAAGAAUAGUUCUGUGAUUUCUAUAAUUGUUUUGAACCAAACACUUUAUCUUCGUCAACGCCUCAUAUGGAUUCCUGACACCAGAACUUGGAGAGUUUAUCAAUCCUUGCCACAAGACAGUUGUGAUAUUUAUAAUACUUGCGGCCCAAAUGGAAAUUGUAUAAUUUCUGGAUCACCAAUUUGCCAAUGCUUCGAAGGAUUCGAGCCAAAAUCACCCCAACAAUGGAAUGCAAUUGAUUGGACACAAGGAUGCGUGCGCAGCAAGCCGUGGAGCUGCGGGGUAAAAAAUGAAGAUGGUUUUCAGAGAUUUACUGGAAUGAAAGUGCCAAAUACUACAUAUUCUUGGGUUAAUGAAAGUAUGACACUUAAUGAAUGCGAGGCCAAAUGCUUGGAAAACUGUUCCUGCACAGCUUAUGCAAACACUGACACAAGUGGAGAGGGUAGUGGUUGUUCCAUCUGGUUUGGUGAUCUUAUUGAUUUGAGAGUUUCACAAAGUGGGCAAGAUCUAUAUGUUCGAAUGGCAGUUUCAGUUACGGAUGCUAAAAAUGGGCAUAAGAAAAAAGUAGCGUUGGUGGUUACGUUCACUGUUUUAUUUGUCCUUGUUAUGCUAUUGGGGUUCUCCUACAGAUACAUUACCAAAACAAAGUAUAGAGAUGAAACAGAGAAAACCAUGCUGACAGAAGAGAAACAUGAACGUGGACAAGAAGAUUUGGAGCUUCCUUUAUUUGAUCUUGCCACAAUAGUUAAUGCCACGGAUAACUUCUCAACUGACAACAAGCUCGGGGAAGGUGGUUUUGGGCCUGUAUACAAGGGUACAUUGGUAGACGGACAAGAAAUUGCUGUCAAAAGGCUUUCGAGGAGUUCUGGACAAGGAUCGGAAGAAUUUAAAAAUGAAGUUAUAUUGUGUGCCAAACUUCAGCAUAGAAAUCUUGUAAAGGUUCUUGGUUGUUGCAUUGAAGGAGAUGAGAAAAUGCUAGUUUAUGAAUACAUGCCCAACAGAAGCCUCGAUUUAUUUCUUUUCGAUUCAGCUCAAAGUAAGCUUCUAAAUUGGUCCAAGCGCUUUAACAUCUUGAAUGCAAUUGCUCGGGGGAUUCUUUAUCUUCAUCAAGAUUCUAGAUUAAGAAUCAUACACAGAGAUUUAAAAGUAAGUAAUAUUUUAUUAGACCAUGACAUGAAUGCCAAAAUUUCCGAUUUUGGCAUGGCCAGAAUGUUUGGAGGGGAUCAAAUUGAAGGGAAUACAAAAAGAAUAGUUGGGACAUACGGUUAUAUGGCACCUGAAUAUGCCAUUGAUGGAUUAUUCUCCAUAAAAUCCGAUGUAUUCAGCUUUGGCGUAUUAUUGCUAGAAAUUGUAAGCGGAAAGAAAAACAGAGCACUUACCUACCAUGACGAUGAUUAUAACCUUAUUGGGCAUGCAUGGAGAUUAUGGAAAGACGGCAUUCCAGAACAAUUGAUUGAUGAUUGUUUGAGAGAUUCGUAUAUUCUAUCUGAAGUUUUUCGCUGCAUUCAAAUUGGUCUUUUAUGUCUGCAACAUCAUCCUGACGAUAGGCCAAACAUGACAUCUGUGAUUGUGAUGUUGAGUAGUGUAAAUGCUUUACCUCAACCAAACGAACCUGGCUUCUUAAUUAAAAAGGCCUCAAGUGAAGGGGAACAUUCUUCUUCGGUCAAUGGAGUAACUAUCUCAUUACUAAAUGCUAGAUAG